GAAAAACCAUAGGGCAUGAAAUUCACAGCUUAGUGCGUCGCUCUCUCUCUCUCUCUCUCCUCUCAGUCACUCUCUUCAGGUAAUUUGCAAUGGCUGAACCUUCCAAGGUCAUUCACGUUCGAAAUGUGGGGCAUGAGAUAUCUGAAAAUGAUUUACUUCAGCUAUUUCAGCCUUUUGGAGUCAUCACAAAGCUUGUUAUGUUGCGUGCUAAAAAUCAGGCUCUUCUCCAAAUGCAAGAUGUUCCGUCCGCAAUUAGUGCUUUACAAUUUUAUGCAAAUGUUCAGCCUAGCAUUAGGGGGAGAAAUGUUUAUGUCCAGUUUUCCUCACAUCAAGAACUAACUACAAUGGAUCAAAAUCAAGGACGUGAAGAUGAGCCAAAUCGAAUUCUCUUAGUUACAAUUCACCACAUGCUGUAUCCUAUAACUGUGGAUGUGCUACAUCAAGUGUUUUCCCCCCAUGGAUAUGUUGAAAAGAUUGUAACGUUUCAGAAGUCAGCUGGCUUUCAGGCUCUCAUCCAGUAUCAAUCACGUCAAAGUGCUGUUACCGCUAGAAGUACACUUCAGGGACGCAACAUAUAUGAUGGUUGCUGUCAACUGGACAUUCAGUUCUCGAACCUUGAUGAAUUACAAGUGAACUACAACAAUGAUCGAUCAAGGGACUUCACAAACCCAAAUCUUCCAACGGAGCAGAAAGGCCGAUCUUCACAACCUGGCUAUGGUGAUGCAGGAAGCAUGUAUGGUGUUCAAGGUUCUGGAGGUAGAGGAGCUGGAGGAUAUUCACAGAUGGCCAAUGCUGCAGCAAUUGCAGCUGCCUUUGGGGGAGGCUUGCCUCCUGGGAUAACCGGAACAAACGACAGGUGUACAAUUCUUGUUGCAAAUCUCAAUCCUGAUAGAAUAGAUGAAGAUAAACUGUUCAACUUGUUCUCCAUUUAUGGGAACAUUGUCAGAAUCAAACUUCUUAGGAACAAACCAGAUCAUGCGCUUAUCCAAAUGGGGGAUGGUUUCCAAGCCGAAUUGGCAGUACAUUUUCUUAAGGGAGCUAUGUUGUUCGGGAAGCGAUUGGAGGUCAACUUCUCGAAGCAUCCGAAUAUAACCCAAGGUGCCGAAACACACGAGUAUGUGAAUUCAAAUCUCAACCGGUUCAAUCGCAAUGCUGCUAAAAACUACCGGUAUUGCUGCUCGCCAACCAAGAUGAUCCAUUUGUCAACCCUCCCACAAGACAUCACUGAAGAGGACAUUGUAAGCCUUGUGGAGGAGCACGGAACCAUUGUCAACAGCAAGGUCUUUGAGAUGAAUGGAAAAAAGCAGGCUCUUGUUCAGUUUGAAACUGAGGAGCAGGCUACCGAGGCCCUUGUCUGCAAGCACGCAAGCCCACUUUCUGGCUCGGUGAUUCGAAUCUCCUUUUCUCAGUUGCAGAACAUUUGAUCGAGACUAUUGCUACCGACUCGAGCGCUACCGUCUUACGGUUCUUAAGCUUAUUUGGGACAAGGAUUCUGAACUUGGGAAGGAUAAUAUUUAUGCAGAUGAUGCCACUUUCAUUGUCUUGUAAUGGUCGAAUUGCUUAUUAAUAUACAGAUAAAACCUGUUCUCACUUCUCAUUUCACUUUUAAUCAUUUCUCUUCUCAUCUUCAUUUCCUCUAAUACUAGAUCUUUAGGUUCUGACAUAAUGGGAGUGGGGAUAGAUUUGUGAUUACAUAGAGAGGGGCAAAUCUACUACCUUAUGUUUAUGAAAUUAUUGUUGUACAUGUUCUUAAUUUAUGUUAAGUAGGCCUCUUCCUUUUGUAUUCUCAA